UGGACACUAUUUCAACUUCCUCUUCAUUUUAGACGUUGGUAUUGGUAUGGUAGGCCUGCCCCGGGCAAACUCCACUUUUGUUUUCUUUUUCCUUAUAAUAAAUCUCACUAAAUAUUAAUAACAAACUAAUCAUGGCAAUGGCACAGUCAUCAAGGAAUCCAUAUCCAUUUCCUAAAUUGCAAAGUGAUGAUGAUUUUAGAGGCAGCAGAGAACCUGAGACAAUAUGCUAUCCAGUGCCAACACAUCUUGCUCAAAGACAGUUGCCAUGGCAGCGACUCAGUGGUCAGCACACAUUGUCUUCAGCCAGGCAUGAAGCUUACCACUUUGACCCAUCAGCACCUAAUGAUGACCUUGAUUUUGUUUUAAAAUCUACUUACGAUCACCAUAAUGGCUUGCUGAAAAACAGAAAUGAAGUUGUUUUUCAACAUGAAACUUUUGGAGAAGAUCAUGGGCGUGUUUUGAAAAACAGAAUCAAAGCUUUACCAGAAAAGAAGUUGCCACUUAAUCAUCCACUAAUCAUCACCAGUCAGGAGAAGAAAGAAAACAUCAACAGUGUCAAGAAUGCAAUUGAGAGCCACCAUAUUGAGACAACCAACAAAGGAUAUUCACGGAAACCUGAUGGGGGAUUUUUCUGUUCUUAAUUUGGAUCUAAUUCUUUGUUUUGUGUACAAAUUUAAGAUUUGGAGUUGAUGGAUAAUUAAUGUUAAAAAGAUAACUAAAAUUUGUUUGGACUUGAAAUAAUAAGUUGAUGUAACAAUAUACAAACAUUUUGAAUGCAUUAAAAAAAGUUAAGCAUUAUUUUUGGUUCAUUGGGAAUAUAGUAAUCUGCUAAAUUUGUCUUAUAAUUUAUACUACUGUUGCCAUGUUUAACUGUAUUAUACUUUCUACUGCUAAAAGUUUGAAUAUAACUGUAUUUGUGUAUAAAUACAUUUGAUUUCUAUCAUUUUAUUAUAUUUUAUAUGACUAUACAACUUAGUACAAUUUUUUUAAUCACUACAUGUUUAGAUUAAAUUGUAUUGCAUUGACAUGUUAUCCUUGCUCAUGUGCUUUAAAAAUAGAUUCAUAAUUUUAAUCUUAUACAAGAUUUACACUUCAAAAAUGUAAUCAAUCUUGCUUAUAAAAACUCCAAUGAUAUUUUUUGUUAAAAGUAAUGUUAGGUUCAGCCUUCUCAGUAUUUCAAGUUUCUGUAAAAGUGUAGCCCCCAAUGAUAGCCUUAAUUAUUAUAAUUAUGCAGUGUAUUGUGUAGCUAACUCAUGAUUUCUCUAUGGAGUUUUGUUUUUUAACAUGGCCUUUGACAUUUCUUCUAGGACGCAGGCAUGUCAACCAAACCAGAAAUGGUUUUAGCAGGAAGAAAGAAAUUGGUGGAUUUUUCUUGCCCUAGAAGCUUGUUUAAACCUGAUCAAUGUUGUCUUCUCCUUCUCAACCUAUUGCCAUGUGACCUACUUUCCAUCUUAUGGACCUGCCAGAAGCUUUCUAUAAUAAUCUUCAUUGGUCCUGCUGCAACCACAGCUCUUUACAGCAGAAGUUUAAUAAAAUUCUAUUUGUAUCAAAACUUGUGUUUCUAAUUUAUC